AUGUCUCAUUUUAUGGAUCAAAAUAAUAUUCUGUUGUCGGAUAUAUUCAGUGGCUUCUUCGAUUUCAACAUUCCUGUGUCGUUUAUGUACUGUCUCUCUCCUGUGGAUUCCCCCAAUAAUGCUGAGGGGCCUUUCUGUGGGAAUAUGAGUGAGAUUUUCUCUAAUUCUUCUAGAAUUUAUAGUUAUCUUAUGUUGGGAAAGGAUGUUAAGGUGUCGGAUGUGGAGGAGGGGUGCUCGGGGAUUUAUGAUGAUUUGGGGUAUGGGGUGGAGCUUUCGUGGUAUCAUGCUCACUGCGGGGACUGUGAGAGGAGUGACGGGUAUUGCGGCCUGGAGGGGAGUCGGAUCACGUGCAAACACUACUGCAAGGAGGAUACACCUAUCUCCCAACUGAGUUUCAAAUGUAAAAUCAACUACUGGGGAAUUAUUGUCGGGUUUUACGCAUUGAUUGCAUUUGGUGCACUUGUUGCUCUGAGAUUCGUGAUAGGAUUCCCGAUCCUGGCCGGGCUAGUGGUGCGCAGAUGGAGGAGGCGGCAUCUAGCAAUGGACGAAACCAUCGAAGAAUUUUUGCAGGGUCAGAACAACUUCACCCCUAUAAAGUACACUGUUAAGGACCUAAAUCCCUAACGAUCCGAUAAAACGGACAAUAACGAGAUAAAGAUAAUCCGGCGCCCGUGAGGGUCGGCGGAGAUAAAGAUCUGGGCGGCUGUGCGCGGGUUCCAACCCGUCGGGCAACGGCUACAGAUCAGAUAUACGUUCCGGCUGUGCGCGGAGACCUUCCGUCGGGCAGCAGGUAGCGUAAGGAAUUAGGGAUUCAAAGAAUCACACGUGGACUUGGUCAAAAUAAUAUUGUAUUUCAUUGAAUGGAUAUUAUGGAAGACUCCACACAUAUUUAUAAUAUGUGUGGAUACAAAAAAGAU